GCCCUUCUCGUCGAUAAUGUCGAUCUAGGAGCCCAGGAUGACCGAGGCUGUACUCCGGCACAUCUAGCAGCGACUCACGGACACUCGUACACCUUGCAAACCAUCCUCCGGAGUGGGGUGGACAUAAACGUUUCCGACACGAACGGCUGGAAGCCCAUUCACAACGCCGCCUUCCACGGCCGCCUCGGCUGCCUGCAGCUUCUCGUUCGUUGGGGAGCCGCCCUGGACGAUGCCGAUAACAACGGGGAUUUCCCGGUUCACCUGUCGGCAAUGGAAGGGCACCUGCCCUGCUUUAAGUUCCUAGUGAACAAAAUGCCCACUUUAACCCACUCCUUGAAAGCCCGAAAUGACCACGGGGAAACCCCCAGGGACCUGGCGGAAAGGUUCUACAAAACAGACAUCGUGGAGUAUAUUGAUGGCCUACAGAAAGAGAAAGACAGACCGAAGAAGCAGGAAAAUGUCAUGUUUCCAGGCCAUGAUGCCGCCUUCAGAGGGGAUCUCGAGACCAUACGAUGCUUGCUGGAAAACCGAGUCAUCAAUAUCAACGAGCGGGACGAUAAGGGAUCGACUCUCUUACACAAAGCUGCCGGACAAGGUCAUUUGAAUCUGAUAGAGUGGCUGAUUGAUAGAGAAGCAAAUUGUAACAUCACCAAUGAUGUGGGAGAGUCACCAAAAGAUGUUGCCAGGAGGUUUGCCCAGCUGGCCGUUGUGGAGUUCCUGCGCGACAAAAUGGGAAACGACUCCGACGAGGAGGUAGACGAUAAAGAAAGGCGGUUCUUCGAGAGACACGCCGUGGAAGACAGCACAGACUGCAAGGGCGACGUGAUCCUGGACAAGCAGGGCAAAGUAGAUGCUCGCGAAAGGGCGUACCAGAAGAUCGAAGAGCUGAAGAGGCUCCUAGAAAUCGCCACCAGCAAUUUCAGGCAGCUGGGAGGAAUAACCCCAGAAGACAGACAGCAGAAGAAAACCGAGAAAGAACUCGAAAAAAAGGUCGGGGAGCUGCAGGAUCAGCUGGAGUACGAACGGCUCCAGCGGGAGAAGCUGGAGGCCCAGCUGGACGAGUACCGGGAAGAGAUUAUGAAGCUCAAAGAGCAGCAGGGCAAAGAGCACGAGGAGAAUCCCCCUGUUGCCGCAACCGCCGUCCCCGUGGUCGGGGAGCUGCAGGAUCAGCUGGAGUACGAACGGCUCCAGCGGGAGAAGCUGGAGGCCCAGCUGGACGAGUACCGGGAAGAGAUUAUGAAGCUCAAAGAGCAGCAGGGCAAAGACCACGAGGAGAAUCCCCCAGUUGCCGCAACCGCCGUCUCCGUGGCCAGCGAAGUGACCUCCGAUUCGGGGCGAGAGAAAAAGAAAGUGAAGAGAAAAUCUCUCUACAGUCCCGGAGGGAUUUUCGUGAGAAGGUACUAG